AUGAGCAUGCCGAAAAAAGUUCGUGUAACAGUAAUAUUACAACCGUCUGGUAAAUCAACAGUUCUCAUUGUAAAUAAUGAAAAUAUUGACGAUUUGUUAAAACAAUGUUCAUCAAAAUUAAAAGUCAAAGCUCGACGAUUAUUUAUUUCUACGACUGGUAUCGAAUUAACAUCUUUUAAUGCAUCAACUUUACUCUCAGAUGAUUUGAAAAUAAUUGUGACAAGUGGCAAUCAAUAUACGAUUAAUAAUUCAAGUGCUACUGAUGGCGCAACAAGUAUAGAUCAUGUACCAGAAACUGAGCAAUUAAAUUCUCAUCCAGCCAUUGUAAGAAUUAUUGCAAGAGAUACACUUAUUGAUCAAUCAGCUAUUGAUCAACUGAAUAAUGUUGCAAAAUUGUACAGAGGAGUCAAAUAUGUUAUUGGUAUGCCUGAUUUACAUGCUGGUCAAUCGACUCCAAUCGGUUCUGUUGUGGCUAGUGAAGAGUUUAUCUAUCCUGAAUUGAUUGGUACCGAUAUCGGUUGUGGUAUGAGUUUUAUUCGAACAAAUUUAAAAUCUUGUCGUUUAACGGAUAAAAAAUUAUUGAAAUGGGUUAAACAAUUGAAUGGGUUAGAUGACAAUUUAGGAGAAGAUGUGAUAAAUCAAUAUUUGAAACAAGAUUUACAGUGGCCUAUGGGAAUAAAUGUUGAACGUGUAGAGAAUGAUAUUAGUGACGAGUAUGAUAUUUAUAAUCAACAAUUGGGUACAAUUGGUGGAGGAAAUCAUUUUGCAGAAUUACAAGAAAUUGAACAAGUAUUAGAUAAAGAAGCAUUUUCAAAACUUGGUCUUGAUAUGGAUUGUUUAUAUUUAUUAGUACAUUCGGGUAGUCGAAGUUUAGGUGAAGCAAUAUUAAGAAAAUAUUCGAGUGGUUCAUCCGUUAAAGGAUUGAGGGUUGAAACGGAUGAAUAUAGAAGAUAUAUGAAAUUACAUGAUACGGCUUGUGCAUGGGCUAAAAGAAAUCGUUCAUUGAUAGCUAAACGUUUUUUAAGUUAUCUCGGUUGUUCGACAGAGGAUGAUGAAGAUGAAACUGUUGAUAAUGCUGAAUAUCAAUGUAUUGUUGAUAUUUGGCAUAAUAAUGUUGUUCUAAAACGAUUUAACGAAGAUGGUGGUGAAAAUUUAUAUUUACAUCGUAAAGGUGCAUGUCCCAGUGAUCAAGGUUGUGUUGUAAUUCCAGGUAGUCGUGGAACACGUUCUUAUUUAGUUCAACCAAUUGUUGAAAAACAAGAAUAUUCUGGAUAUAGUCUUGCUCAUGGAGCGGGCAGAGUUUGGUCUCGUACAAAAGCUCGUCAACAAUUAUCUGAACGUUAUCCAAAUGCAAAACAAUUACAGCGAACAGAUUUAAAUUCUCACGUCAUAUGUGAUGAUAAAAAUUUGCUCUAUGAAGAAGCACCACAAUGCUAUAAAGAUAUUGAUGUAAUAAUUCAGGAUUUAGUCGAUUUUGAACUUGUAAAAGUCAUUGCCAUUAUGAAACCACUAAUUACGUAUAAAAUGAGAGAAAAGUAG